CGACCUCACCGGGAGGUGGCGGCACCGCUCGCCUCGCCGCUAUUUAAGCGGCAGAUCAGCUGGGAGAGUGAGCAAGGCACACUCUUCUACUCCUCUCCUGCUGCAGUCCCACUCCUACACUCCACUCACAGCAAGCUCUAGCCAUGGAUCCCACCAAGUUCCGGCCGUCGAGCUCGCACGACGGCGGCGUGACGACGACCAACGCCGGCGCUCCUGUGUGGAACGACAACGAGGCCCUGACGGUGGGCCCCCGCGGGCCCAUCCUGCUGGAGGACUACCACCUGAUCGAGAAGGUGGCCCACUUCGCCCGCGAGCGCAUCCCGGAGCGCGUCGUCCACGCGCGCGGCGCCUCCGCCAAGGGCUUCUUCGAGUGCACCCACGACGUGUCGGACCUGACCUGCGCCGACUUCCUCCGCGGCCCCGGCGCCCGCACGCCGGUGAUCGUGCGCUUCUCCACGGUGAUCCACGAGCGCGGCAGCCCGGAGACGAUCCGCGACCCGCGCGGGUUCGCCGUCAAGUUCUACACGCGGGAGGGCAACUGGGACCUGCUCGGCAACAACUUCCCCGUCUUCUUCAUCCGCGACGGCAUCAAGUUCCCCGACGUGAUCCACGCCUUCAAGCCCAACCCCAGGUCGCACGUGCAGGAGUACUGGCGCGUCUUCGACUUCCUCUCGCACCACCCGGAGAGCCUCCACACCUUCUUCUUCCUCUUCGACGACGUCGGCGUGCCCGCCGACUACCGCCACAUGGAGGGCUUCGGCGUCAACACCUACACCUUCGUCAACAAAGCCGGCAAGGCCAGCUACGUCAAGUUCCACUGGAAGCCCACCUGCGGGGUGCGCUGCAUCCGCACCGACGAGGAGGCGGCGCUCGUCGGGGGGCGCAACCACAGCCACGCCACGCAGGACCUCUACGACUCCAUCGCCGCGGGCAGCUUCCCGGAGUGGCAGCUGCUGGUGCAGGUGAUGGACCCGGACACAGAGGACCAGUACGACUUCGACCCGCUGGACGACACCAAGACGUGGCCCGAGGACCUGCUGCCGCUGCGGCCGGUGGGGCGGCUGGUGCUGGACCGGAACGUGGACAACUUCUUCAACGAGAACGAGCAGCUGGCGUUCGGCCCCGGGCUGGUGGUGCCGGGGAUCUACUACUCGGACGACAAGAUGCUGCAGUGCCGGGUGUUCGCGUACGCCGACACGCAGCGCUACCGGCUGGGGCCCAACUACCUGAUGCUGCCCGUGAACGCGCCGCGGUGCGCGCACCACAACAACCACUACGACGGCGCCAUGAACUUCAUGCACCGGGACGAGGAGGUGGACUACUACCCGUCCAGGCACGCGCCGCUGCGGCAGGCGCCGCCGGUGCCGGUGCCGCCGAGGCCGCUGGCGGGGAGGAGGGAGAAGGCCACCAUCAGGAAGCCCAACGACUUCCAGCAGCCCGGGGAGAGGUACCGGUCCUGGGACGCCGACAGGCAGGAGCGGUUCGUCCGGAGGUUCGCCGACUCGCUGGGGCACCCAAAGGUCAGCCAGGAGCUGAGAUCGAUCUGGAUCGACCUGCUCUCGAAGUGCGACGCGUCGCUGGGGAAGAAGAUCGCCACCCGCCUCAACGUCAAGCCAAGCAUGUGAAGAUAUAUGGAGUCCGGCCGUCCUCUCCUCUCCUUAUCCAGCGAGCAAUAACACGAGCCAGCGGCAGGACACCAGAGAUAGAUUGAUAGAUGUUGAUCAUCAUCAGGCUGCAUGCGUGUGUGUCAGUCAAGUUUAUUCGUUACAUCUGCAUGCUAUAUAUAUUCCUAUGUAUGUCACAUAUAUAUGUAUAUACAUACGCAUGUACUACUCUACUCUACUACAUAUAUACCUGAAUGCAUGUAUCGACGAUGAACAUUACUGCUA